UGCACCAUUUCCAGAGUUUACUUUAUACCAGUUUUUGUUAAAGAAGUCACUAAAACAAGAAACAAAGAGCAUCAGGAUCUACACUAACGACAGCUAACGAUGAAGCUAGCGGACAUCAAAAAGUUAAAAGUGGCCGAGCUGCGGUCCAGACUUAAAGAGCUCGAUUUGGACUCCAAAGGGCUGAAGACUGAGCUGGUGGUCAGGUUGUGGUCCGCUGUGGAGGCUGGACAAGGUGGGGAAGACGGUGAUGAAGAGGUGAAACUGCAAAAAGACAGUUCAUUGACGACUCCUACACCUGCGGAGGCCUCUCUGUCCUCAUCACCGACCGCAACAGUUGGUAUCACUGCGCCGUGUGACACUGAGUCCAGCAGAGAGUUCAGAGACUCUGCAACACAGACUGAGUACAAAACCAGUCUGCAACCAGGCCCUGCAACACUAACUGAGGCUGAAACCAGUCUGCAACCAGGCCCUGCAACACUAACUGAGGCUGAAACCAGUCUGCAACCAGGCCCUGCAACACUAACUGAGACUAGAAACAGUCUGCAGACACUACAGCUGAACUCUGAGUGUGGUUCAGAGAGGGUGAAUGUGUGCCAAGUCGAGGGGGGAGAGCUCAGGAGACAGCAGGGAGGUGCGGAGGAUUCUGGAGAGGACAGAGGGAGAGCUUUCUACGAGUUCAAAGAGGAGAUACGAUAUAAAAGAGCCAAAUCACCUCAACUACCUGUGGAGAGAGAGGAAACAGAGGAGGAGGAUGAAGAUAAAGUCAGACUGGAUCCAUGCGGAGGUCACCUCCACUUUGAGGUGGGUCCAGAUGGAGCUUGUGGACAGCCGAAGUUCUGGGAGAGAUUCCCCUCACUAUGGUCGGGCUGCAGACUCUCCCAUGGGGUGAUAGAGGGCCGGGUGGGCUUCGAGGUGAGGCUGGAGAGGAAGCUAAUGUCUACACAGGUGGAAGAACAAGACGGCAUCGAGCCAUACGGCCUGAGAGUCGGCUGGUCAGCGGCCAACACCUCUCUGCUGCUGGGUGAAGAAAAAGUUUCCUUUGCAUAUGACAGGAGGGGGAAAAAAGUGUCAGCUGGAAUGGAGGAGGAGUUUGGAGAACCUUUUUCAGAGGGAGAUAUCAUUGGCUGUUACGCUUCUUUCUCCACAGACGGCUCCGCUCAGCUCUCCUUCCACAAGAAUGGUCGUUUCAUGGGUGCAGCCUUUUCUCUGAACACCUCAGUGCUGCAGGGUCGUGCUCUAUUCCCUCAUGUCCUCUGUAAGAGCUGUUCAGUCCGAUUCCUCCUGGGCCCCACGGAUCCUGUCUGGUACCCCGGCCCUCCAGGGUUUACACCGCUGGCAGCACUCCCUGCUGGGCAGAGGACACGAGCCACAUUCACCCCGACCUCCAGAGCCCAGUGUGAGGUAGUGUUGAUGGUGGGUCUUCCUGGUUCUGGGAAAACCCACUGGGCCACGACUCUCAUGCAGCAGCAUCCACAGAAAAACUACAGGCUGCUCGGCACAGAGGAGCUGCUCGCAUGUAUGAUUAGCGGGGGAGAGAGAGACAGCAGGCUGCGGCAGGCCUCUCAGUGUCUGACUGAUUUAAUCAAGAUGGCCGCUCAAAUUCCAGGCAACUAUAUCCUCGACCAGUGCAACAUCCUGUUCUCUGCACAGCGUCACAAGCUGCAGCUGUUCAGGGGCUUCAGGCGCAGGGUGGUGGUGGUCUUCCCCUCACUGGAGGAGUGGAGUAGACGACUGUCCCAGCACCAGUCCCGAGACGGGGAGCAGAUCCCUGAGACAGCCCUGCUCAAACUGCAAGUGAGCUACAGUCUUCCAGAGCAGCAGGAUGAACUUAUAGAGGAGCUGCAGUACGUUGAGUUGCCUCAGGAACAGGCACAGAAACUCCUGCAGGAGUAUAAAGACAAAGCACGCAGACUGCUGCCUCCCAUCCCUAAACAAGAGAAGAAGAAAAACACAAGACUCCACAAGAAAAGACCCUACCCGCACGGCCCUCCCUGUGCUCAUCGGAUCCGGUGGCUAAAUGGGUGGAGUGACGCGAGGCUCAACGUGCCGUCAUGGAACCAGCAGCCAAGAUAUUGGAACGUGGCGUAUCAGGACCAGAGCUACUACUACAGCAACAGGGACUUUGGUUACAGCGGUUCUGAGGGUUACUGGUGA